AUGGCGUUUAUUUCCUUCCUCGGCAGACUCCUCUUCGUCUCGAUCUUCGUUCUCUCCGCUUACCAAGAGUUCAAUGAAUUUGGCAUUGAUGGUGGGCCCGCGGCGAAGGUUUUAAAGCCAAAGUUCAAUGUUUUCUCGAAGCACAUUACCGCGCAAACUGGAAUUCAUGUUCCGUAUGUAGAAAUGAAACAUUUGAUUCUGGGAGCCAUCAUCAUGAAAUCAGUUGGGAGCCUGUUGUUCAUCUUUGGCAAUUCUCUUGGAGCUUCACUCCUGAUUUUGCAUCAAGCAAUUUCGGCACCCAUCUUGUACGAUUUCUACAAUUAUGAUGCUGACAAGAAAGAAUUUGGUCAUCUAUUUGUCAAAUUCACACAGAAUUUGGCACUGCUUGGGGCAUUGCUUUUUUUCAUUGGCAUGAAGAACUCAAUGCCAAGGAGAUCAUCAAAGAGGAGGACCGCUAAAUCAAAAACGAACUAA